CACACCGAACGGUGUUGGUGGUGACUGACAACAAUCUCAGGCGCAUCAUGAUGGAAUUACUCACCUACAAGUGAAACGGCAUCACAUCAGUUUCGGGUUGUAGACGUCACGGGAACAGUAGAGGAGCUGGCCGGCGAAUGUUCACCGCUUUGGGUUGGGUUUUUCUUUUCAAAGAGAGAGGCUGCGCUGUAGCCUGAUGGCCGGCUAGCUGCUCUCUGGACUCCACCGCGGCCUGCACGGGAGGAGGAAGGGUGGUGACGGCGCAAAAUGCUCUACCGCUGACUCCCAACAAGACAGUUAUCCUACCCAGAGACUCGCUGCGAGUUGGACGACGAGCACGAUGCACUUAUAGAUUUUUUAACGCUCUUAACUUUCCGGUUUUCUGUUGUCUGUAGAGGCUCUGAACGACAGUAAGCGCCGUCUUGCGUACCCCGAAUUCCCAGCCUGAGACAUGUCAUCCAACUGCACCAGCGCAGCGCCUGUCAGCGCUAGCAAAACCAAGACGAAAAAGAAGCAUUUUAUAGGACAGAAAGUGAAAUUAUUCCGUGCAAGCGAGCCCAUUCUCAGCGUUUUAAUGUGGGGUGUCAACCAUACGAUUAACGAGUUAAGUAAUGUGCCUGUACCAGUAAUGCUGAUGCCAGAUGACUUUAAAGCCUACAGUAAGAUCAAAGUGGACAACCACCUAUUUAACAAAGAAAACCUGCCUAGUCGCUUUAAGUUCAAAGAGUACUGUCCCAUGGUGUUCAGAAACCUGAGGGAGAGGUUCUGCAUCGAUGACCAGGACUACCAGAACUCUCUGACGAGGAGCGCCCCUCUCAACAGUGACUCCCAGGGUCGCUUCGGCAACCGCUUCCUGUCCAGCUACGACCACCGCUUUGUAAUCAAAACUGUGUCCAGUGAGGACAUUGCUGAGAUGCACAACAUCCUAAAGAAAUAUCACCAGUUUAUAGUGGAGUGUCAUGGCAACACACUGCUCCCUCAGUUCUUGGGCAUGUACAGACUAACAGUGGAUGGGGUGGAGACCUACAUGGUGGUGACCCGAAAUGUAUUCAGCCAUCGCCUCACUGUACACCGCAAAUAUGACCUGAAGGGUUCUACAGUCUCAAGGGAAGCCAGCGACAAGGAGAAGGCUAAAGAACUCCCCACUUUCAAAGACAACGACUUCCUGAAUGAAGGCCAGAAGCUACAGAUAGGAGAUGACAACAAGAAGUACUUUUUGGAGAAGCUAAAAAGGGACGUAGAGUUCUUGGCCACCCUGAAGAUCAUGGAUUACAGUCUCCUGGUGGGUAUCCAUGAUGUGGAGCGGGCAGAGCAGGAGGAGAUGGACGUGGAGGGUGUGGGAGAGGAGGAGGAGUACGAGAACGAUGGGAUGAGUGGAGGCGUGCUUACCGGCUCCUUCGGCACGCCUCCAGACAGCCCCGGAAACCCUCUCAACUGUGGAGGAUUCUUCGGCCCCGGGGAGUUCGACCCCUCUGUGGACGUUUACGCAAUCAAGAGCCACGACAGUGCUGUGAAGAAGGAGGUAUACUUCAUGGCUAUCAUCGACAUCCUCACGCACUAUGAUGCUAAGAAAAAAGCUGCACAUGCUGCCAAAACUGUGAAACACGGGGCGGGGGCCGAGAUCUCGACGGUGAACCCAGAGCAGUACUCCAAACGAUUCUACGAAUUCAUGUCCAACAUCUUAUCAUAGACUCAUCUCCCAUCUCCCAGUCCAGCCAGUCACGUCCUGUCAUAGAUCUGUCAAAUGCCACGCACUUAUUUCACUUCUCUCUCACCUCAGUGUAGGUUCAUCUCCCCCCGGCCUCUCUGCUCCCUUAAAAAGAACUGACCAGUAUCCUCCCACAGCCAGGACCAGUCUGGCAGGAUGGAUGCACUGAGCCUGUUACUCUCUCACAGAAACACACCACCAUCUCCUCCCUGGUUCUCUCAUCCUCUGCAAGGAUAACUUGUGAAGCCCCUCACUGAAUUUGGAACGACAUCCCGAUAAUCUCCCUGUCCUUUUUUAUUUUAUUUAUCUGCGCCCCAGUCCUCCUCAGCCAUCUUGCUACUCCUCACGCCAGCACGGAAACUGUCUCACUAAUGCCUUGAACGAGUGUGUCAGCUUCAGCGGUUAACAGUCCGUUAGUAAAGUCUCUUCGGUUUCUGUUCAUGUUGUUGUUGUUCUUAUGAUUUCUAUUAGACAAAAACACACACACACACACACACACA